GAACGCAUCGGCAUUCUACGUGUGAAAGCAGUUAACGCUAGCUAGCUAGUUAGCUAGUUAGCUAGCUUAGUGGCUGAACGCAACAAGCAUUUGUGAAAUAAGAAGCUCGGGAUUUACGUUAUAAAUGUCGAUUUUAAGUACUGUGCUAAUUAGUAACUGUCUGGUUAUUUUAGACACACUUCGUCUUAAAUGUAAAAAAAAUAAUAAUAAUAAUAACGUAGCAUGACCAAGCUAACUUGUGUUAGCAUUAGCUCGCCUUCAAGUCCCAUGUCAGUUAACUUAACCGGUCAGCAUGAGGAGAUGUUUACAUCCAGCCGUCCAGAAGAACAGCAGCGAGAGCUGGCCAAAAGACUCACCACUUUCUUGUCUCAGUACAGCCAUGUAUCCGACUCCUAUAUAAUCGAGUUCUUCACGGAAGAUCUCUGGCACACAUUACCCAACACCUGGCAGCGUGUGCUGCAGGAUCUGUCAUAUCCACAGAUUGCAGACCUAUUACUGGAUGCUACACAUGGAGACAGGAGAUAUCCUUCGGUGUGGCCUCUGUCACUCUUGGCGUUCCGUGCCACAGCUCACUCUCUGGCGUUUCCCAGAGAGCGCAGGCGGGAGCGAGGCAGGGCGGCCGGCUCGGUGAAGCCCGAGGAGUUCCUGGAAAACCAAAGUCAGAGCUCACUGCUGGGACACAUAUUCAGGAAACACGUCAAACCCAAGAAACAGCAUGAGAUCUGCAAGCUGGGCGCGCUGGUAAAACAACUUUGCGACCAGACUGACUGCAACAGAGUGGUGGAUGUGGGCUCUGGACAGGGUCACCUGACCCGUUUCCUGUCCUUUGGGCUCGGACUGUCUGUGACUGCAAUUGAGGCGGAUCACGCCCUGGUUGCUAUGGCGUCCAAGUUUGACGGAGAGUUACUGUGGGCCUUAGAGAAGGAAAAGCAGAAAAAGAACUGCUCUUUUCAGGUCCCAGUGUCACAGUCCUCUCCCCGCCAUGUUGCCGGUUGGGUAAACCCCAAGGAAUCAUGGGAGGACUUCAUCAAGCAGCUGAGGACUGCAGAUUGCGUCAGCGAAAGUCCCCCAACUCCAUCCGGACCCAGCAAAAAGAGACUGCGGGGCUGUGAGCGUCAGGGAUGUCCUCAUGUGGUCCAGACUUCAUCAUCUUGUGGUUCCACAGACUCACAACACCAGUCGAGCAAGAACGAGUCUGCAGAGGAGCCAUCGGCUGAAAACUGCUGCUCGUGUGUCCAGCCUGUCUGUCAGGAGGGUGUAUGUCCUGAGGAAAACCGCCAGCAUGGCUAUCCAGACUUUGUCCUGACCGGUCUCCAUGCCUGCGGUGACCUCAGCGCCACCCUCCUCCGCCACUUUGUCAACUGCCCACAUGUACGCGGCAUCACCUCUGUGGCGUGUUGCUACAUGAAAAUCACGACCAAAGAAAACCCCACCCCUCCAGGACUGGUAGAGCGACCCGCUCCCCCAGCACCAGGCCAGGAAUCGCUCCCCGCAGAGUUUGGCUACCCGAUGAGCUCCUGGGUGCAGGGGUUGCCGGGACAUCAGCUGUCCUAUAAGGCGCGGGAAGGGUCGUGCCAUGCUAUUGAGGACUAUGUACGAAGGCUUCGGGAGGAAAGUGAGUUACUGAGGACACACUGUUACCGGGCGACGCUGGAGACUUUCAUCAGGGAUACAAAGCCGGAUCUGCGCAGGGCAGGAAUCCAGACCAUAAAGAAAGCUCACUUAUUACCAUUUACAGAGUAUGCCCGUCUGGGUCUGGCUCGGGUAGGCCUGCCUCCCGGGUUGCCUCUCGACCCGGAGCGGGUUGAGGCCAUGUUGAAGCAGCAGGGCAGGGUGGUGGUGUACUUCAGCCUGGCCCUGCUGCUGGCUCCUGUGGUGGAGACGCUGGUGCUGCUGGACAGGAUGAUCUACCUGCAGGAGAACGGUGUGGACAGUCAGCUAGUUCCUCUCUUCGAUCCAAACUUUUCUCCAAGAAACUUUGUGCUGGUGGCUCUGAAGGCUUGUGGAAGUUCCAAGUCAAACUACGUCAGUCACUCUUUGGUGGAAAAAGUCACACUUACUUUUGGAGAAUGAAAAAUGACGAAGUCUAGUUCUCUUUUAAACAAUACAAGGAAGCCUAAGUCUUAAGGUUAUUUGAUUUUAGCCUCUGUUUUUAGAGAUAUUAAAUAAUGAACAUUGAAGUGGAGUUUUUGCUUCUCUGUGGACGCAGGAACAUGCUGCUCUAAAGCUCUGACAUCUCAGAAUGCACCAAAAUGGACACUCAGUUCUGCUUUCAUGAGUCCACAUGAUAGCACAGAAGCAGUCAUGUGUUUGGCUUUGGUUUUCAUGUCAUGGUUUGGUUCAUGUGUACACAAACAUACAGUAUGUGGUUGUGGUUUUGCAUUUUAUUAAAUUGCCUCUGUCCUUUUUUGAGCUUUAUACUAUAUCUGUAAUUCAAAGUAAUAAACAAAACCAAUGCUUUUCAUAUUA